CUUAAAGCUUACAUAAAACACUAGGAAUACCCUCAACCAAAUGAGCUCUCAAAAUCACUGGUCGAAAUCAACACAUUUAUAAUAUGAACUAUUUAAAAGUAAUUAGAAAUAAUUGGAAAAAAUGUACUUUCGGAGCAGUUGCCACGGCCUAUGGCUUCCAUUCGCUGAAAACGCACAUUGAAAUUGAGAAACAUAUGAGAGCGUUUGCCACAGAUGUUCAGGUAAAUUGUCAAUCCGAUCAUCUGAAGAAGGUGCUUGUGGUCAUGAAUCCUGUGGCGAACAAAAAGAAGUCGGAGAAAUUCUUCAAGAACUACUGUGAGCCGAUUCUGCAUUUAGCCGGGUAUUCAGUGGAGGUGCUCCGGACCAACCAAAUCGGUCAUGCCAAGUCCUACAUCGAGGAGAUGGCGACACUGCCCGAUGCCAUUGUAGUGGCUGGAGGAGAUGGCACAUCGUCGGAGGUGGUGACAGGACUGAUGCGUCGUCGCGGUAAUUUGUGCCCGAUCACGAUUCUCCCACUGGGACGCACGGUUCAGGCCGCAUCCAAGCACUUCAAUCUCCUUGGGGUCAAGGAUAUCGAGUAUGUCAAAUCCCUUUGCCAAGCGCUGGAACCCAUGCUCAAGGACAAGUGCAAGUACCAAAGUGUGAUCCGAUUUGAUGUUAUAAACGAGGAGGAAGGCGCCGACAACCAUUUAAAGCCGAUCUUUGGACUAAACGGCUUCUCGUGGGGCUUGCUGGAGAAUAUCGACUCUACAAAGGAUAAGUAUUGGUACUUUGGACCGCUUCGCCAUUAUGCUUCCGCCGUCUCACGAUCGUUUGCUGAUAACUUGAGUCUGAAGACUGAAUAUGUCUACACCCCACCCUGUCCUGGCUGUGUUGAUUGCAUUUCCGAGCAGCGCGAGGAAACCGCAGCUCCCUCGGGCCUGUUCACCAGAAACAUUUUCAAGUACAAAAAGAACUCGACGGGACCGGCGAAAAUUCUUGUAAAGAAUGAGAACUGCAGCAACAGAAUUGAAGGCAGCAUUGAAGCCAAUCAGAUAAACAUCAAUUGCACGCAGAACGAGGAAAACUUUUCGGAGCUGGAAAGCCAGUUCAUCAGUUCCCUAAAGCCGGGCUGGGAGUUCAUUAAGAAAAUACCUGAAAUCACUGAUAGUAACGUAUUGCCGAAUUUAGUUUUAAAGAGCCGGACAAUCCAACUUUAUCCGACCGGCGAACUGGCGGCUGAUACGUUCUAUUCCAUUGAUGGGGAGGAGUAUGAUGCUAGACCCAUUAAGGUAUCUGUUAUUCCCAAUGCUAUUAAAGUUUUUUGUUGAAAUUUUAAA